AUGGAUGACAGUGACCAUGUGCAGCCUAACAGUUACCAUGUGCAGGCUGCAAGUGUUGAAGAGAAUGUGUACAAUGAUGUCUCAGUUGAUGAAGAGGAUGAAAUAUAUGAUGGGAAAAAUAGUGAAGAGUUAGAUGAUGUUUCAGUUUAUGCACCAAGUGAUGAGCUAUGGAGUAUCCAUAGUGACUUAGAUGAUAAGAUACAUAUUCCUUGCAAAAAAUCAGAAUUCAUUGCUAGGAGUGAAAUGGGAGAGAAAGAAAAAAUAUUAAUGGUGGGAAUAGAGUUUGCUACAUUUGCAGAAUUCAAAGAUGUGUUGAGAGAGCAUGCUAUCAAGAACAAAUAUGACAUCAAGUUUGUUAAAAAUGAUGGAAAAAGGGUCACAUGUAUAUGUAGAAAUGAGUGUGGGCGAAGGAUACAUGCUUCAAAGAGAAAAUUAAAUGGUGCCAUUGUGAUUAGUACAUUCAAUGAUGAACAUACUUGCUCUGAAGUUCAAACAAGCAGACUAGCAACAUCUUCUCAUCUUGCAAAGAAGUAUGUGCACAAGUUUAGGAGAGACCCUGAGUGGAAAAAUUCUGAUCUUAUAGAUCAGAUUACUGAUGAUUUGAACCUGUUGGUAUUGGAGACAAAUCCUGGAAGUUUUACUAAGGUUGAUGCAUUUUCGAAGCCAGAUGGGAAGUCUACAAGGUUUGAGAGACUGUUUUUCUCAUUGAAUACCAUGUGGAGAGGCUUUAAAGAGGGUUGUAGGCCAUUUAUUGGCUUAGAUGGUUGCUUUCUAAAAACUCAUUACAAUCAACAUUUACUAAGUGCUAUUGGUAGAGAUGGGGACAAUAGCUUCUAUCCCAUUGCAAUUGGUAUUGUGGAAGCAGAGACAAAGGAGACUUGGGAUUGGUUUCUGGAUAACCUCAUGGAUUUGUUUUGCGCCAACAAAGAAAUAACAUUCAUUUUAGAUAGAUAA